AUGAAUCCUUCGACAGCAAAUUUUUCACCUUAUGUACUGACGUCCGUAUUUAAUCCACGUUAUCAUCAACAUUUGAAUCAUUUAAAUGAUAUGGCAUUUACACAUACAAAAAUGCUUCAAGAAAUUAUUGAAAAACGUUCAAUAGAUUCAUCAUCAUCAACGCCAUCGUCACCAUCUUCGUCAUCCAUAUCGCCUAUGGCAGCAACCUCCAAUGAUUCUAUACAACCAAAGAAACGUACACAUACAUAUCUUGAUAAAAAUAAUAAUGAACAGCAACAACAGCAACAACGACAAGAAAAAGAUGAUUUAAUAAAGCGAUCAAAAAUAAAAAAAGAAGAAGAAGAAGAUGAUGAUGAUGAUGAUGAAGAGGAUAAUCAUCUUAAUAAACGUUCAAGAAAACAAUCGAAACCACAACAACUUGCGGAAAAGAAUCAAAUCGACGAUGACGAUGAACAAUUAUCAUCUGAAGAAGAAAUGGGAGAAGUUCAUAGUCAAGAUGAAAAAAAAAAGAUAUUUCCAAUACCACAACCACCCAUAUUACCUUUCUCUCCUCAGAGUUUACCAUUUUUAACAUAUAUUCAAGAUUUAGCACGAACACAUAAUAUAACAUCGCCUGCAUCCAUGACAAGAUUUCUUGAAAAUCUUCAAAAAGAACUUUUUUCUCCAAUGCAUAAUGUUGGCAUUGAAGCCAAGCGUCUUGCUCCAUCGUUACCACCCGUCUUCUCUCAAACAGUUCAUCAUCAUCAUCAUCCGUAUUUCUCACAAAUUCUGUAUAAUAAUUCAUUUGUUAAUCAUUAUACGCCACCACCACCGCCGCCGCCGCCGCCACCAAUACUUCCUUUUGGUAAUACACUAUCAGAUCGUUCAUUUCCGUUUCGUUUAUCAACACCGAAAAAACGUCGUACUAAAGUAACUGAUACUCGUUUAUCUCCACGAAUAACAUCCAAAGUAAUUUCACAUGAAGAUUUAAUAGAUGAUGAUGAUAAAAGUUUGUCAAAUCAUUCAUUCGAUUCAACAACAUCAAAUCACAAUAAUAAUAAUAAUCAUCAUCGUCAACAGUCAACAAUUGAAUACAAUGCUUUUCAAAUAAGUAUCUCUUGUUUUAUUUAA